AUGCUUGAUUAUAUUCCAUUUACAAAAGGAUAAGAAAAUGAAAUUAAACUCUCAAGUGGUACAGGAGGAGCACAGAGUUCAAUACUUAAAAAUUAAAAAUAUACACUUAAAUUUCUAUAAAAUAAACAAAACUAUGCUAAAAUCAAUAAAGUUACUGAUUAUUAAUCACUAUUAAAUUCUCCUGAAUAAAUUACAACGAGGUCGUUAGAUAUCUAGUAAUAUGAAUAUUUUUUACGUAAAGAUGGUUUAGAUAAUAGAUAAAAGGAAUAUAAAAUUUCAAAAGGAUAAUAAACAACUUUAACAAGAAAGCAAUUACAAUAAUAAAUAAAAGUUGAAAAUGUUCAUUUAAAUGAAAACUCUGAUCAACAUAAGAAAUUAGAAUUUGCACUCAAUAGAUCUAAAUUUAAUCGAGUCGGAAGUUUUGGUGAAAGUUACAGAUCUUAAGAUUCUUUAUCCAGUAUAUAAAAAAUUACAAGAUAUUAACAAUAAUAAUAACAAAAUUAAUAUCUUUAAUUGUAAUAGUAAGAAGAAUAAAAUAUAUAAAAAUCAAAUUAAGAAGAUCAAAGUCUUUCUAGUAUAAAAGUAGAAGAAUAAAUUGUAGAUAUUUCAUCUGAAAAACAUGAAGAAAUAGUUUAAAAUGAUUAAAUAGAGAAUGAAAACAUUAUCAAUUAACAAUCUGAAUAAUAAGUUGAUGUAUAAGAAUAGUUGUAACCAUAAUAAAUCAAUGAAAGUUAUGUUCUAUCAUAAUUCUCUGUUCCUCAAUAAUAUUCCAUCAAUAAUGAAAUUUCUUUAAUUAAUUAUGAAGAAGAUGCUGAUUUAGAAGAGGAAGAAGUUGAAGAAUAAAUUUAAUCUGGUAAAAAAUAAGUUAAAAAUUAAAAGUAAAAAAGAUAAAAGGCAAAAAAAUAAUAGAAUUAAUAAUAAUAAUAAUCAAAUUCUAAAGUGAAUCAAAGUAUUCAAUCUGUUAAAAAAUCUGAUGGAAUUAAGUCUAAUAAAAUUAGUAGAUAGUAAUCAUAAAUGUCAAUUUCAGAUUUAGAUAGAAUAGAAUAAAUAAUUUAAUAGAAUGCAAACGAUCUUGAUGAAGCUGAAGAAAUAUAAAGAGAUAAAAUGAGAAAAUAAAUUAGAGAAUUAGAAGAAAGAAUAUAGAAAACUAAAGAAAGAUAAGAAUAAUUUUAAUAUCAUCCAGAAGAUUAUUAAGAUAUGAGUGGAGAAUAUUUAUAAGUAAAAAAAAAAGAAUAAUAAUCAUAAUAAGAAUAAUAAUAACAAUAACAUUAGUAAUAAUAUACAUAACCAUAAUAAUAAUAAUAAUAAAAUUAAAUAAAUACUCCAAAAAAAUAAGGAAAAGUUGAAAUUAGACCUCAUGUGUAAACAUAAUAAAUUAUUUCUAAAUAAGUUAAAUAAAUAAAAGUAUCAGAAAUAUAAAGUUAAGCAGUUUUACCAAAUGUAAAUUAAUAACAGAAAGUAUAAGAACAUCCUAUGACAGCUAAAUCAACUGUAUAAGAAAAUAUGACUGAAAUAGAAAAAACAAGAAUAUCAUAACAUAGUAUUGAAUUAGAAAAAUCUGUUGUAUUAUCAUUAAAAGAUUUAGAAUAAAAAUAAUAAAAUCAUCCAGUUACACUAGGAUCUGAUCCGAUGAUUAAAAUAGAAAACAAAUUAAAAUAAAUUUAAGAAGAUAUGGAAAAUUAGUCAAAUAAAAAAAAUGAUUUAGAUUUUGCUGAUUUUUUGUUAACAUCAACAAAUGUAUUCGAUACAAAUUACUAAGUAAUCUUAUUAUUUUAAUAAUAGAAAUAUAAGAUUUUUUAAGUAGAUAAAAAAUUAGAUGAUCCACCAGGACAUUUUGCUGAAGAGGAUAAAAACUUAUUUUAAUAAAUGAAAUAUUGGGAUGCUUAAAAUACUGGAAAUAGUAAAAAAAUUUAAGCUGUUGCAGAUUUAAUUAGAGGUAUUUGCACUAAAUUAACUUCUGAUGCAAAUAUAAGUGAACCAAAUAUAAAGACAUAAAAGUCUAUUGAUUCGGAUUGGGAUUGA